AUGCCUCAUCAUGCUGGGCCUNCUUGGUAUUACCCCUUCCAUUGCGCACCUUACAUUUCCGACAUCAAGGAUUUCUCUGACUGCUCCAUGGAGUUCGAACUAAACCACGCCAUGAUGCCGUUUGAACAGCUGAUGGCCGUCCUGCCACCCCAGAGCGCCCAGCUGCUGCCUCAGUGCUACGCUGACCUCAUGCUCAGCCCAGACUCGCCUAUCAUCGACUUCAAUCCGCGUGAAAAUGACCGAGAAGCUGAGCCACGCAUGCCUUUCAUUGACGAGGAACGUCUGCUGGAGGCCAUGUCUAAAGUGAGCCAUCGUCUCACUGAAGACGAGCGACGACGCUCUGUUCAUGGUCCCAUGCACGUCUACAGCUUCACGUCAGACGACCUCGGUGCAUACCAGAGCCCCGAGCAUUUCCCACCGGUUCGCAUGAACCAUGCCAAGUGCGACAUGACUCACGGAGAGGCGUGGAGCAUCGCUAGGGAGGAUAUCCUGAGGGGCUUGUGUCCUGGAGCUCUGACUGAGCUUUACUUCCCAGGCUUCCCUACGCUCAAGAAUCUGGCGCAUACACUCCAAGUCUCCAAACAGUCUUGA